AUUACCUUAUUCGGUGGAGUCGUUCAUUUAAACCGUGUGAAAAUGAAAUUUGUUCUAAUUACGAUUAUAUCGUUACUAAUAUCUAGUUCUUGGGCUGUGGAUAGAACCUGGUGGAAAUAUGCUACGAUGUAUGAAGUCUUUCUGAAAUCAUUCAAGGACAGUAAUGGAGACGGAAUCGGGGACCUUAAAGGAAUCAAUUCAAAAUUGGACUAUUUCGUCGACAUCGGAGUAGAUACAGUUUGGGUGACGCCAUUUUAUCCUUCUGCAGGAGCUGAUGGAGGCUACGAUAUCACCGAUUUUUAUGGAAUUGAUCCUACUUACGGUACGAUGGCAGAUUUCGAACAAUUGUUGAGAGAAAUGAAACGUCGAGGUCUCAAUUUCAUAAUGGAUCUAGUGAUAAAUCACAGCAGCGACGAACACGAUUGGUUUCAAAAAUCGAUCAAUAAAAUCGAUAAGUAUACAGAUUACUACAUUUGGGCAGAUCCAAAAGGUUACGAUGAAAAUAAAAAUCCUAUCCCACCAAAUGACUGGCCCAGCAUAUUUAAUUUUUACAAAAAGAGCUCCAGUUGGACUUGGAACGAAAAAAGAAGACAAUUCUAUUUCCACCAAUUCGGAGUCAAACAACCGGAUUUCAAUUUACGUAACGACGAACUCAAGAAAGAUCUCAAAGCUAUCAUGAAAUUUUGGCUGGACAAAGGCGUAACAUCUUUCCGAGUAGAUGCAACGCCAUUUUUCAUGGAAGAUCCUCUACUUCGUGACGACGACUUCGAAGAGCAACUCACCCAGAUUGCAGCUGGAAAUAAGAAUGGAUUUAGUCAUCGUCUCAACCAUCCGGACACGUACACAUUUUUGAACGAAUUUUAUUUAUUUCUUCGGCAAUACGAUCGAAUAAACAAGAAAGAACGUCAAAGUGUGAUGAUGGCUGAGGCUUAUGGGGAUAUCAAAAUCUUGAUGAAUUAUUUCGGAGUGGGAAAAAUGCCAGUGGUUCACUUCCCUUUCAAUUUCCAACUGACCAGACUCCGUCAGUAUUUCGAUGCUCAACAGAUGACUGAUUAUUUGAAUAUUUGGUUGAAAAAUAUACCCGAAGGAGCUGCGUCGAAUUGGGCACUCGGAAAUCAUGAUCAAGGAAGAAUUUUCAAUCGAUUCAGCAAAGAAUACAAUUACAUUCUACUUACACUCGUUUCCAUGUUACCCGGAACAAGUAUUAUUUAUUAUGGAGAAGAGAUGACCCAAGAGUUUCUUGAUUUUACACCAGAACGUAAAAAAGAUCUGUGGGUUGAAAGGGACCAAUUUCGUCUACCGAUGCAAUGGGAUGAUUCCUUAAACGCAGGUUUCACUUCGGCUGAAAAACCAUGGGUACCACUACACCCUGGUUACUGGCACACGAACGUUGAAGCUCAAAAGGUGCAACAGAACAGUAGUUUGAACUAUUACAAAGAUUUGACCUCUAUUCGAAAAACAGAGGUUUCCAAAUUUGGUGACAUGGAAUUUUAUACGAUAUCAAAAUGGGUGCUAGCGUUCACAAGAACUUAUCAUCAAUCCACAUACGUCAUUGUGUUGAAUUUGGGAAUGGAGAGCAGCUUGGUCGAUUUACACUCCAGCAUGAGCAAUUUACCAACAACUCUUCUUGUGGCAGCGGCAAGUCCUAAUUCUGGGUAUAAAAAAAGACAAAAAUUCAGCACAGUUUCAAGUGGUGAUAACUUCUCGGUUCUACGACCACAUUCCAGCGUAGUUCUGUCAACUGAAGAAGAAUUGCGAUGAAAAAAUACCUACAUAAUUUGAGGCAGAUGAGCACAUUUUUCAGACAUUUUAGAAACGAACGAUCAAAUCAGAAACUCGACUAUCAUUUUUAAUCUUAAAUAUAUCUAGGUAAUUAUUUUUUACAUGCAUAUAAUAAAAAUCUUUC